AUCGAAUAGUAAAAGCUGCCGAAACAAAACAAAGGAGAAGACCGUAAACGUAACGAAGCUAAAACAAAACCCUAAUUAUUUUGUUUGCCUGAGAGCUCUCGCAGUAUUCCCGCUUUCUCUCCUUCUAGUAAUUUGUGCCUGCAAAGAUGGUGAGGACAAGUGUUCUGAAUGAUGCUCUCAAAACUAUGUAUAAUGCUGAGAAGAGAGGCAAGAGGCAGGUUCUCAUCAGACCUUCUUCAAAAGUGAUCAUCAAGUUUCUUCUUGUUAUGCAAAAGCAUGGUUAUAUCGGAGAAUUUGAGUAUGUUGAUGACCACAGAUCUGGAAAGAUUGUGAUUGAGCUGAAUGGAAGAUUAAAUAAGUGUGGUGUUAUCAGCCCUCGUUUUGAUGUUGGAGUGAAGGAGAUCGAGUCCUGGACUGCAAGAUUGCUUCCUUCUAGACAGUUUGGAUAUAUUGUACUUACAACUUCAGCGGGAAUCAUGGACCACGAAGAGGCAAGAAGGAAGAAUGUUGGAGGCAAGGUGCUUGGCUUUUUUUACUGAUAAAAGAAGCUUUUAUGGAGUGUCUCUUAACCUUUUGGAUUAGUAUUACAUUACUGAAAAUUUUGCCUUAUAAUUGUUAUUUGGUUGAGAACAUUGCACCCCUUUUUUUAUAUCUCUAAUAUGCCUUGACUCUGGUGUUUCCUUUAUCAUAUUGUACGAUUAAAGUCGAGUACUACGCUUGCUAGUGAGUUGAGUAGUUGAUUAACAUCACGUCUUUCACAGUGAGGUGUGCCCUAUGUUUUUACUACAAUCUUUUUAUCCAUUUCUUAUUCUAAAUGAAAGACUUUUGUGAAGAGAUGAUAAAUUAAUCAUUCUAGAUUUUAAGGUCAA